AUGAAGGGUGCUUUGAUGAAGUAAGAUGACUUUGAUCCUUAUAAAAAGGGGAGUCUUGUCUAAAGCAAGCAUUUCAUUUAAUUAGAUUUCGCACCCAGUCUUUAGCUUCCUCAAAUAGAUAGAUCUUAGGUCUCAAAGAGUAUCGUUAUUAAUUAAAACUAAGGGUCUCUCUCACAGCUGUCAAAUUAUCAAAGACUUGAAACGUAUGGACAAGCUAAUAAGAGCACAAUCGAUGUGCGAUCAUCCUAUUAAGAUUACAACUAGAAUACCACCUUGCACACUAUGGAAAUGAUAGAUGAAGAUAGUCCUGUUUACAAUAAUCCUUCUUAGAGUUCUCAAGUAUCCAAAUUGCACUAAUAUAGUUAAAAUAGCAUAAGGUUUGAUAACCGAUCUAGAUAUAAUCUAUCUCAAUCAAGAAUUUCUUCACAGAAGCAUUAGCUUGAAGAUGCUAGAUAAUAUUAUCAAAAUCACAAAAAUCUCUGUUCAGAGAUGAAACUCUAAGAUCCUUGUCUAGUUAAUAGUAUAAUCUAAGAAGCAUAACAACAAUAAAUAGAGAAAGCAAUCUUCCCCCGGUGCAGAAUGCUGCAAAUCAGAAGUAAAUUCACAUUGCUCUACUGCCAGCUCAAGAAUCUCUAGGAAUGUGAUAUGUCUGACUUCUUAAAGUUGGUUAAGGAGAUUUUUAAGCUAAAUUAUGAUUUGAAUUACGCUUUCGAUGCCGCUGGAGAUAUAAUGAAUGAUCUGAGUAAGAUCAACUAGAUGGACUAUUUAUUCGUCAAGAGGAAUCCAGAUUUCGAUGUGACAGACAAGCAAAUGCGUAAGGUAUUUAUCAAGAUAGCUAAGAUGAAGGAAUUCGUCUACGAAAUGGAUAUCAAGAAUAAAAAUGGAGGCUAAAGGGAUAAACCAAGAAGCCAUGUAAAUGCUUAGCAAGUUAUGGAUACCUUGAAAAUUGUGGCUCCUAAAGUAGCUAAACAUGAGAAAGAGCUGACUGAUAUCAGAGCAUCACUUGGAAUGAGUAUAAAGAAAGUCAUUCUAGGAUAGGCUAAGUAACUCACAAUGAAUAUGGACACCAAUGAGAAAUCUUCGGUAAACCUGACCCUUGAAAACUAAUAACAAGAUAACUAGUCUUCAAAGCAUUCCUUUUCAAAAAAUGACAUGCCAAUGAGUUUCCUUAACUUGCUUAAGAAAAACCUGGCAGCAAAAAAACAAGAAACUGAGAGUUUGAAAAUAAUGGAUAAAAACUUAGAAAAUCUUGAUAAAUAAUCUAUAAAUUUAUCAACUGAGCUCAAUUAAAAUAGUUCUCACAAUAAGAUUAGAAAAUUCAGUUAUCUUCAAGAUGUCAAUGUUUUUGAAAAUCACGAAAAGUAAUUGAGAUAGAUAGAUUUACAGAAGUAGAGAUCGUCAAUAAAAAUGAAAAGGGCUGAAUCAUAAAGGGAAGAUUAGAAAGAGCCUGAUAGAAAUGACAAGAUUUCGCUUCUCAAAAAGGUAAUCGCUUAACAAAUUCUAAAAAAUAGAAGCACUGUUCCUCAUGAUUAAUAUAAAGUUAACAUGCCAAAGCCACCUGAGAAGCAUGAAUUAACUAAACUCUACACAGCUGAUUAAGAAAUAUUAGUCGGUUCCGAAAAGGUAUCUAAGUAUAUGAGAGAUAAAUUUCAAGGCCCCUUUAAUCUAAACAUUCCCAAGCUAAAGGAAGAGAUGAGGAUGAAGCGAAAGGAUAUAAUUGCUCAUUUUACUAAGUUUUUGGCUAUGCUCUGGUAUAAAGCAAUGAAAAACAGAGAUGAAGUAGCCAGAGAUCCUGCUAAGUAUUUAUCUGGAAUUGAUUUUGAUAUGUUUAAAAAUGGAGCUCCUUAACUAAUGAUGGAAAACCAGCACGUUAUUGAAAGAAUCAUAGAAUCAGCUCUUAAUCAAAGUGAAAACAAAAUGGCUAAUCAGCUAUCAAUGGAGGAUUUCUUUAGAUGCAUAAGUUCGUUAAGCUCAACUAAUUUCCAAGAGAAGAUUGAUUUAUUCUUCAAGAUUAUUGAUACUGAUGGCAAUGGAAUGCUUAGUUGGGAUGAAGUGUUUGAGCUAUGUCAAGCAUCUUUGAGCGAUUUUUCGACAGGAGAAAACGACAAAUUUAUUGAUGAGAUGGCAUGCUUUUUCGCUGAUUACAUCUUUAAGUGUGUUGGAUAUAGUAAAGAUGAUGAAAUUCCAAUGAUAGAAUUAUAAAAUGUUAUUAUACAAGGUAAUUCUACUGAAGCCGAGCUAUUGACAAUGUUCUGUGGAAUCGAUAAUUUUGAAGCAAAAAAAGAUUGA